GUGUCGGUAAAACAACCCAGGAACCGCGACAUCGAAUCAAUGCAAUAAUUCAAUCUACGUGCACAUCAUUUACCGCGAGUAUAACUUGCUUCGUUACUCCUGAAAUUACAGAUGACAUGCCAAAUAUACCAUUACGUCGCAAGGACUUUGAAAUUCCAGUAGGAAUCAAAUUGGCUGAUCCUUAUUUUGCAAAAACUCGAUCUGUCGACCUCUUAAUUAGCGCCGGUUUAUUUUGGAAGCUCUUAUGCCAGCUGCAUGAUGACGUUGCACGAUUCUGGGAAAUCGAAAACAUCUUUUCAAGAAAACCGUAUCCAGACCUAGACUCACAAAACGACUGUGAGCAGCAUUUUCAAGCUACAACUGAACGUGAUCAUGAUGGAAGAUUUGUCGUCUCUCUCCCUUUAAAAUCCAAGGUAUCAGAGCUCGGAAAUUCUCUCGAUAUAGCACAAAAACGUCUCAUCUCGAUAGAACGGAAGCUCAGCAAGCAGCCGGUACUCAAGGAAAGUUAUAUCGAAUUCAUGGAUGAUUAUGAAGCGCAAGGACAUAUGGAAAAAGUACCUCCAAAACAAAUAAACUCACAUGGACCAAUUUUUUAUCUUCCACAUCACGCGGUUUUCAAGGAAAGCAGUACCACGACCAAAGUCCGUGUAGUGUUCGAUGGCUCCGCCAAGACUUCUUCCGGGCUCUCACUUAACGAUGUUCAAUCCGUCGGACCUGUCAUUCAAAGUGACCUUUUUUCUAUUCUCCUGAGGUUCCGUCAACAUCGAAUUGUGCUUUCUGCGGAUAUUACUCAAAU